CUCAUCCUUUUCGGGCUCAGCAACCAAAUGGUGGUGACGUUCAAGGAGGAGAACACCAUCGCCUUCAAACACCUCUUCCUCAAGGACUACGUGGACGGAGCCGACGACUCCUACGCCGUCUACACGCAGCGCGACCUCUACGACCGCAUGUUUUACGCCAUGGAGAAGUAUUUGGCCAUUCCCAACGAAACCAUCGGCCGCUACGCUUACGUGCGGGGGGAGAGCGGAGGGAACCAGUCGGCCCUCAUGCUGUGCCAGCAGUAUUACCGUAAAGGGCGCAUCGAUCCGGCCAACGACACCUUCAACAUCGACCCCAAGAUUGUCACAGACUGCCUGGGAGUAGACCCCGAGGACCCACAGCCUCUUCCCCCAGAGCUGGAUCGCAGCUACAAGAACUUCACCCUCAAAUUUCACAAACUCAUCAACGUCACCAUCCAGUUCAAGCUGAAAGCCAUCAACAUCCAAACCAUCAUCAACAACGAGAUCCCCGACUGUUACACCUUCACCAUCACCAUCACGUUUGACAACAAAGCACACAGCGGCCGGGUGAAAAUCCGCCUCGACAACCAGGCUGACAUCAAGGAGUGCAAAGAUCCCAGCGUCUUCGGCCGAGGUGACAAUUCCUUCCGGCUGUUCUUUGACGUUGUCGUCAUCCUCGUCUGCUCGUUGUCCUUCAUCCUCUGCGCUCGCUCCAUCAUCCGGGGGCUGUUGCUGCAUCCCUCGGUGGCUGUCGUGGGUCCCCAUGUCACAAACCUCUAUUUUUAUUUUUUUUUUUAA